CACGCCUGCUCAACGCGCGGAUGGUUAUGUUUGACCGCGAGUUGUAUUACCGGCUCAGCAAGGAGGCUAGAGUGCUGGAGCUGGGCUCGGUGCGUUCUAUUGCCACCGAGUCUGGCAAGAUGAGCGAUGUGCUGGUUGUGCCUCUGAGCCGCGAUAACGUCUCUGUACGGUUCGAAUGGCUGAUGAGCGAUGCGCCCAAGCACCUGGCUGCGACUUCACCGCAGCUUUAACGAGUGGCAGAGCGCAUACUAUUCGGAGCUCGCCCUAGUGAUGGCUGCGUUCUACCAGCGCCGCCAGCACCGUGCCGUCAAGCAAUUCAUGCUGGGCACAGGCAUGGGAAGCCGUGCUAUUGCCAGCUCUGCACGCGGCGCUAUCCCCGACCCCUUCACCACAGGCAUCAGCCCAGAGACUGACCAUGCGGCCAGCAGCAGCGGCAGCAGCGGCAGCGGCAACAACGGCAGUGGGGGGUCGUCUGUGACUGUUGCCAAACCCGAACUGCUCAUCCUUUCGCCAGUCAUCGAGAACAUCCAGUUUGUGCGCUGGCAGCAUAUCCUGGCCACAUACACGCGGUACGCAUGCUCGGCAUGGCGCCGUCUGGUUGACGAACCUAUAGAGGUCGUCUCACACUUUGGCCGCACACACGCGGUCCCGCACAAAGGAGCUCUCGAUGACAUGCGCCUCUUGCGACGCGAUGCGAAGGACCUACCAUGCGGCAACACAAUGUAUGUGAUCCGCCUGCGGUUCCAGGGCGGCACUGUGAUGGCAUUCCGCAUCGACAGCCAAGGCACACUGAUGUUUGUCAAGGGCUUUUUCCCGCCGCACCCCAUCAUCAACGACGACAUGGGCAACUCGAGUGAGCAGCUGUACAUUAACCGCGUAUUCCGCGUGGUCCCGCUCAACGGCCUGCCCGAGUUUGCCGAUCAGCUCCGUCGCGAGCUGCAGAGCCUGCUGCUGCUGCGGGUUGCAGCGGCAUUGUCAAGGUGCAGCUACCAGAGGCUGGGCAAGCAGUGUCAGAUGGGACAGUGGCAUGUCCACCAGUCGCAGCUGUGUGUUGUCGGCGAGUGGUGGGAGGGCGCCAGGCACCGACAGAUUGUUGCCGUGGCCAAGUGGGAGGACUGGAACCUCAGGCUUUAUUUCGGCCCCAAGCAUCCAACUGCAUCCGACCAUACAGCCACGGGCCCCUGGGUUGCCAGCUUCCCGCCUGCCAGCGAGCUCAAAGACACGGCCAGCCAGGGGAAGAAGGGGUUCGAGGAGCGGCUGCUGAAGGUACUCGUCAAUGCCAUGUAGUUUCUGGUUGGAAUAUCAUUAAUUUUUCAGUUGUCAC